GGAUGUGUCGUGUGAAAGUGCAGUAUUUAAAGGGACAUUUGUUGGUCCCUGCAGCACACUGCUGAAGACCGCCGGCUUCGCUAUGAAAAUCAUUUCGAUCUGCAUCCUCGCUAUACUGGCGUGUGCGCAAGCAGCGCCACAGGGGCUAGGAAUCGCGUCAGCCGACGGCGUCCAGUCGGCGGUGAGAGGCGCCGGUGGGCAGGCGGCGGCGGCGGGCUCGGCGGUGCAGGGCGCCGAGGGGCAGGCCACGGCCGCCGCCGGCGCCGCCACCGGGCAGGUCGCCUCCGUCACUGCUCUGGCCCAGCAAGGCUUGGGCCAGGUGAGCGCCGCCGGCGGAGUGGCCCCUAGAAUCCCCCCCAUUGGGCCCCCAUCUUUGCCAACACCAGGAGCGCCAAGCCUGCCAGGCAUCCCCAACAACGUAGGUGUGCCAGGACUGCCAAGCUUGCCAAGCGAGCCCGCCGACGUAGGCGUGCCCGACGAAGGCGUACCAUCUUUGUAAGGAGUAGGUUUUUAGAAACAUGAAAAACAUUGUCUGUUUACAUGCCAGAAAAAAAUACCUAUUCCUGAACUGAAAUUGUAGUUUCAAUAAAAAAUCAUUUGAUGUCAA